AUGUUCCUCUGCUUGAUUACUAAACUCUCUCGGACAGCAUAUUUUCCGAUUUCGGCGGCGCCGCCCUCUGGGACGUCCGGCGGCGGCGACGGCGGCGGUAAGAUGAUGUUUUUGUGGCUUGUUUUCACGUUUGGUCAACUCAUAAGUACCGUUAGAACUCAAAGUCAGACAACUAAUGCCACCACCGAUCCAUCCGAAGCAAGGGCUUUGAAUGCGAUUUUCGACGGGUGGGGAAUUUCGGCCUCGAACGAAUGGAACAUUAGCGGCGAGUUGUGUAGCGGCAUUUCUACCGAUCGAACACAAAUUGUAAAUAUAAAUCCCGGGAUAAAAUGCGAUUGCAGUGACGAUAACGGGACCACUUGCCACAUCACGGCUUUGAGAGUCUAUGGUCUGAAUGUUGCCGGUCCACUUCCUGACGAGCUAUGGAAUUUGACAUUUCUCAAUGAUUUGAAUUUAGGCCAAAAUUAUUUGACAGGUCCGAUUCCAGCAUCCAUAGCCAAUCUCACUCGAUUGCAGUACUUGAGUUUUGGCACAAAUGCCUUAUCAGGGGAGGUCCCUAGAGAACUUGGGCUGCUCACAGAUUUGAGAUCAUUGUCCUUUGGCACGAAUAACUUCACGGGCCAUUUACCUCCCGAGCUCGGGAAUUUAUCAAGACUUACGCAAUUAUACACUAUUAGUUCUGGAGUUAGCGGUCCAAUACCCGAAUCAUUUUCCAAUCUACGGAACAUGGAGAGAAUGUGGGCAUCAGAUGACGAGCUCACAGGUCGAAUACCCGACUUUAUUGGAAACUGGUCGAGUCUAGUUCAACUGAGGUUGCAGGGGAAUUCAUUUGAAGGCACAAUACCACAAUCAUUUUCCAAUUUAACUGCUCUGAACGACUUGAGAAUAAGUGAUCUAACUAACGGAAGCUCUUCGUUGGAAUUUCUUAGAGGCUUGACAUCUCUAUCCACAUUAGAGUUGCGAAACAAUAAUAUAACGGGUUCAUUACCUUCGUUUUUCGCUUCAAUUCAGAGCUUAAUAUUCUUGGAUUUGAGCUUCAACAAUUUGGCGGGAAGAGUUCCCGAGUCCCUUCUCAACCAUAGUUCUCUAACCCACUUGUUUCUUGGUAACAACCGGUUAACCGGCACGCUUCCACCACAAAGAAGCCCAUUUCUUAGGACUAUAGAUUUGUCGUACAAUGAAUUAUCCGGGAGCUUCCCGCCAUGGGUCAACGAACAGAACCUACAAGUCAAUUUGGUUUCAAACAACUUCAUCAUCAAUGCUUCUAACUUAAGAACUUUGCCUGCCGGAUUAAAUUGUCUUCAGAGGAGUUUUCCGUGCAGCCGAGGGAACCCUACUUAUUCGAGCUUUGCCAUUAACAGCGGUGGGCCUCCGAUUCGGUCUUCGGAUCAGGUCCUGUUCGAGAGUGACAACGAGACUCUUGGCCCAGCAACUUAUUAUGUGGCGGCCUCACGGAGGUGGGCCGUGAGCAAUGUGGGCCUGCCAGCCGACAGCGACAGCCCACAAUACCAAUACUAUUCCCAGUCCCAGUUCACAAACACUCUCGACACGGACCUCUUCCGGGACGCCCGGAUUUCGGCCGGGUCGUUGAGGUACUACGGUCUGGGCCUCGAAAACGGAAACUACACCGUGAGGCUACGGUUUGCCGAGAUAGCUAUUUUGGGUGCUCGGAUUUGGUGGAGCCUCGGGAGGCGCGUUUUCAACAUUUAUAUCCAGGGGAAUCUGGUGCAAAGGAAUUUCGACAUACGAAGAGAAGCCGGUGGAAUCGACUUACGAGCCGUCACACGAGAUUACAGGGUUAGUGUAACGGAAAAUUACCUCGAAGUUCAUUUGUUUUGGGCCGGGAAAGGGACUUGUUGUGUGCCUGCUCGAGGGUCGUACGGGCCAUUGGUUUCGGCUGUAAGUGCAACACCAGAUUUUGUGCCGAGCGUGUCAAAUAAUCCUCCACGUGGGGACACGAACACGAGCAGGAAGAUGGGUAUGAUUUCCGGGAUUGUUGUUGGGGUUGCGAUUGUAAUUUUGGUAGCUCUUAGCUUGUGUUAUGUGUAUCUGAAGAGGAAAAGACAACGAAACUUUGAGGAUCAAGAGUUGUUGGGGAUAGAAACACGACCUUACACGUUCGGUUAUGCCGAACUCAGAGCCGCAACCGACGGCUUCAGUCCUUGUAAUAAACUCGGCGAGGGAGGCUUCGGACCCGUUUACAAGGGAACUCUAGGGGACGGGAGAGUGGUUGCUGUGAAGCAGCUGUCGAUGGCAUCACAUCAAGGAAAGUGCGAGUUUGUGGCUGAGAUUGCGACUAUAUCCUCCGUGCAACAUCGUAACUUAGUUAAAUUGUACGGUUGUUGCAUAGAGGGAGAUAAACGGUUGCUCGUUUAUGAGUACCUCGUGAACAAGAGUCUGGAUCAGCUCUUAUUUGGAGACAGGAGCAAAAGUCCAUAUCUCGACUGGGCAACACGUUACGAAAUAUGCUUGGGGGUGGCGAGGGGACUUGCCUAUCUUCACGAGGAGUCUCGACUGCGAAUUGUUCAUCGGGACGUGAAGGCUAGCAAUAUUCUGCUUGAUUCGGACCUUGUCCCGAAAAUCUCGGAUUUUGGGUUAGCCAAAUUGUACGAUGACAAGAAGAGCCAUAUAAGCACUCGAGUUGCUGGCACAAUCGGGUAUCUAGCGCCGGAAUAUGCCGUGCUCGGACUUCUAACCGAAAAGGCUGAUAUAUUCAGCUUUGGAGUUGUGGCUCUCGAGAUCGUGAGUGGAAGACCGAAUUCUGACUCGAGUUUGGAAGAUGAUAUGAUAUAUCUUCUCGAGUGGGCUUGGAACCUUCAUGAGGACAACAAACAACUCAACCUAGCCGACCCGACUCUGCAUGAAUACAAUCCGCACCAAGUGAGGAGGAUAAUCGACAUUGCCCUUCUGUGCACGCAGGCGAGCCCCGCCCUACGGCCACCAAUGUCGCGCGUGGUGGCCAUGCUGUCGGGUGACAUGGAGGUGCCAGCUGUCACCACAAGGCCGGGUUACCUAACCGGCUGGAAAUUCAACGACACCACCACUUUUGUUUCGGGAGUCGAUAUCUUGGUCCCGAAUUCACACGUCGGUCAGGUCAAUAACGGUGCAAGUACAUCAGGUUAA